UCUACCAGAACUACUACGUGAUUUUACGAGUAAAACAAUAUCUUGGAUAAUGACUGAAUAAUGCAUUGUUCUGGCCUUGUCGGUACUCGGUAGGAAGUUUUACUUCCUUCAGAUUUUCAACAGCCGAAUCAGUGGGCGCCCGCACGCUACCAAGUUAACGUUUUUUUCAUUUGUUGUAUUUUGUAUAGUUAUUGGAAAAUAAUUAACAAUGGCUGACGAUAAAUUGGACAAACGGAGUGAGGGUUGUGAAAGUGAAAGUGACACCCCCACCGUGAAUGUGGAAGAAAUUGUGGUGGGGCGGAAUGAAUUAAGUGCCAUCGUCAAAGGUCUGGACGCCAACCGCUAUGCAACGAAGAAGACAGUGGCGCAGGGCAUGCUGGACAUCGCCCUGCUGACCUCCAACGCGUCCCAGCUGAAGUACGUGCUCCAGGUCGGGCCCAAGCACGAGUUCUACACGCUCCUGGUGGUGCUCAUAUCCAUCUCUAUAGUGUUGCAGCUUCUGGUGGGGCUGCUUUUUGUCGUCAUUGGCGGCAUGGACCUGAAUGACCUCGAUGAGCAGCCCUCGGCUGUGAUCCUCAAUGACGUCAUCGUCAUAUUCAUUUUCGCGAGCGCGGGUGUCUUGGCGAUCGUGAUGACGUUUUUGGACGUGGACAGGAGUGAGACUGAAAAGAAGAUAUCUCUCUGGCUCUACCACACCUCGGUCGGUCUCAUGACCUGCGUGGUCUUUUGUGACGUCAUCAAAAUGACGUUCGGUCUUGACCCCGCGCUCUCUGAAAAAGAUUUGUUGAACAACAUCACGUCUAAUUUUUAUGAUUGGUUCGUCAAGUCGAACAAGCCAAAUUAGGCGUAGAGUUUUCAUUUCAAAUCAUAAGUUUAGUGCCAUUUAAUUUAUAAUAAAUAAAUACCUACCUAAAUGUUACGGUAGAAUUUGAUAGCCUAAUUAACUUAAGUUAACUUAACUUCAUUUGAAUUAAUGUAACGUACCUACAGUUCACUAGGAUUUAUGAAUUAAGUAUAAGUAGGUAUAAUAAAUUAUAAUAAGGUUUCAACACAUCAAUCAUUAUUAAUCACCUAAAUCAGAUUUUAUUUAACUUAAUUUCAAUUAUUUUGUGUUUCCUUGAUUAUUUUUUCUUGUUUUUGUUUUUUUUUUUAAUUUAUGAUUGAUUUUCCGUUUGUUUUUGUUUUUUUAUUUACUUUUAUUUUUGUUUCACUGUAGGUUGUCUCCGCGAUAGUCGCUCUGGUGCUGAGCAGCAUCUUUAACAUUAACCAUCAGCCUGACCAUCGCAAAGCAGAGAUCCUGAACAACACGAGUCUGGCCUUCAAAGUGAUGAGCAUCAC